UUGGCCGCGUAACACGAUCACCUUUUGUUUUCCAACAUCCCCGUUCAAGCGCUGGGCCGCCUUUCGCUGUGCUAGCUGUGAUAUGUGAUACGGUUUCGGUGAUUUCGACGGUGCCACAGUCCACGAUUCGCAACCCUGGCCACUCACAUGGCCCUAGGAUUGAGCUCCGGACUGUGUCCGGGGAGCAGCGGACCCAGUUCCGGAGCUCAUUCGGAUACGUCGUCAUCGCCGGGUGUUAGCGUGCCUAUUCCGGUAGCUCCGGCACCGAUUUUACCGAACCCGAUGUUCGCAUUACCUACGUUGAACUUUACCGUGUCGCAAGUGGCGGCGGUUUGCGAAACCCUGGAAGAAUCCGGUGAUAUCGAGAGACUCGCGAGGUUUUUGUGGUCUUUGCCGGUCGCCCAUCCGAAUAUAAGCGAGCUGAACAAGAACGAAGCGGUGUUGAGAGCUAGGGCGAUCGUGUCGUUUCAUAGCGGCAACUUCCGCGAACUUUACACCAUUCUGGAGUCGCACAAGUUUACGAAAACGUCCCACGGUAAACUGCAGGCGAUGUGGCUCGAGGCGCAUUACCAGGAAGCGGAGAAACUACGGGGCCGUGCCCUGGGUCCGGUAGAUAAGUAUCGGGUGCGUAAAAAGUUCCCGUUACCGAGGACUAUAUGGGACGGUGAACAAAAGACUCACUGUUUCAAAGAGAGGACUAGGAGUUUGUUGCGGGAGUGGUAUCUGCAGGAUCCGUACCCGAAUCCGACCAAGAAACGGGAGCUGGCUCAGGCGACGGGUCUGACUCCGACUCAGGUCGGCAACUGGUUCAAGAAUCGACGGCAACGGGAUCGAGCCGCCGCCGCUAAAAACAGAAUGCAACAGCAACAGCUAGCAGCUCAAUUAUCUCACCACGGGGGCGGCGGCCGACAACCCCCGUUGAGUCCGACGCCUUCCGACAGCGAUUCGGACAUCUCCCUGGGUGCCCACUCUCCUCCGAUUAGUUCUCCCGGUCCCCUACGUUUGGGCCCUCCGUCCCCAAACCACAUAACCUCGUUUCGUUUUGGGGCCCAUUCUCCCGGCCCCAUGCCGUCUCAGUUCCGUGUCGGGGGCUCCCACGCAGCCCAAAGCUUCAGGCUGGAUCGACACUCCCCCACGUCUCCGAAUUUCCGGAUGAGCCGGGAAGGUAAACUCCAAGACUGUGAUGGGUCUCCGAUAAAUAUCGACAACGCGACGUCGAAUUACGCUGCUGUCAACCUGAGGUUGACCUCUAACGACAGCCCGAUCGAUGUAGACUCCAACAACGAUUGCAGACAUGAAUCCAGGGACAAAACCGACAGCAACAGCCCCUUGCGUCUGGAUUCCACGCCUCCCCAAACAUCACUCCAGCACUCCCCGCCGAUGAACCUGAGCAAUCUUCGGAUCCCCCAUCAGCAAUCCGAAGGUGUCAAAAUCGAAACCCCCCUGCCCCUGAGAUUGCCCCCCAAUCACCUGCCACCGCAGGUGACAGCGCCCCUGCGCAUACAGGUGAACAUGCACUCUAGUCGUAUGAUGGCGCCCUCGUCGCCACAUACACACCUCAUGAACCCACAUAGCAUCGCGCGGAUAGCGCCCCCUAGUCCUCAGAAUAACGGGCCCUUGCUGCACCGGCCCUUCUCGCCUCCACGGCUCACGUGAUACAGACUGUCCGAACGCCAUCAGGACGGCCUGAUCUGAAACCGUUUGUUGCAAUAUUAUUAUGUAUUUAUUUGCUUCUCUGUAGAGUUCUCUUGUAGAUAUUACACAGUUAGGGUUGAUAAUUUAUAUAUAUUGUAUGUAUAAUAUGGCAAGUGUCGAUAUUGUUUAAGAAGUAUGGCAAAUUUAUACUCUACGGUAGAGAUUAGGCGACUUGCACCAUUUAGUUUUUCGGUUUAAGUGACUACAGAAAGCUAUUAAUACUAUAAAUUGUUUUUUUUUAACUUGUGGUUAGAGUACUCAGAUUUUAUAUUUUAUUGUUCGAUCGCAUAAUAAUACAUAAGUUCGUAACGAAAAAUGAUUAUUAUUAUUUACAA